GUACUUUUUUAGAGCAGUCAGCUGUCGCGCGCUGUCGAUGUCGUCGCGGUCGUCAGCAGUGUACGUGUGCCUCAGUGUUUGUACAUACUUUACCGUUUACGUGUACACAUGUGAUUCGAGAAGUACAUCCAUUAGACAGAGGCACCUUUAUCUCCCCAUCAUCACGAUAAAGGUACUAUAACAGCAUUGCCAAAUGUGCAAAGUGUUACAAAUGCCUGGGGUAGUCUGAUCCCGGAACAUCAGCCAUGAGUAUGAGGCGACGGAGAUCCCACAAGAGCCCAAGCCACGACCAUAGCAGGACAAGCACACCGUCUCCAGCACGGAGUGGCUCGGUCGCAUCAUUGUCUUCAGGCUCACCCUCUGUACAAGCACUCAGUUGCCCCCCUCAAGGCACUGAGUCAGAACGGCGUGUGAAGCUUGCAACCAUCCACAAGGCCCUGAUAGCAGAUCCUGUGGAUGUGGCCAUGCUGCGCAAGCUGGCCAUCAGCAAGGGGGGCCUGCUGACUGAUGACGUGCGCCGAAAGGCCUGGCCUAAACUUCUCAAUGUCAAUCUGUUUGAUGUUCCCUAUAAAAAAGGCGUGAAUAUAGAAAAUCACAGAGAUUAUCACCAGGUUGUGCUUGAUGUGAACAGGUCGCUCAAGAGAUUUCCAAAAGGUAUGCGUGAUGACCACAGGGAGGCACUGCAGGGUCAGCUUGUCGAUGUCAUUGUUAGGGUCCUUAUUAAGAAUGAGCAGCUGCAUUACUACCAGGGUUACCAUGAUAUAUGUGUGACGUUCCUGUUAGUCGUCGGAAAGGAGGCCGCGUUUGCACUGAUGGACAAGCUGUCUACCCAUCACUUGAGAGAUUUCAUGGAUUCCACCAUGGAUCGCACCAGACACAUGCUGAACUACCUGCUGCCAAUCAUCAAAAAAGCCAAUGUUGAACUGCAUGACUUCAUGGAAAGGUCGGAAGUGGGUACCGUCUUUGCCCUAGCAUGGCUCAUCACCUGGUACGGCCAUGUACUGAACGACUUCCGCAGUGUUGUCAGACUGUACGAUUUCUUCCUCGCCUGUCACCCACUCAUGCCCGUGUAUUUAGCAGCUGCAAUUGUAUUGUAUCGUCAGGAAGAGGUGAUGGCGUGUGAAUGUGACAUGGCCUUCGUCCACAGCCUCCUGUCCAAGAUCCCCGCCAACUUGCCCAUGGAGCAUCUAGUCAGUCAAGCUGGGGACCUGUUUGUGCAAUACCCUCCAGAAGAAAUGGCGAAAGAAGCCAGGUUACAGUACAAACUCAGCACCAGCAUGUCCAAACAUCCUGACUUUGAACUGGAGACCUUGUGCCAGAGACCAGACAAAGUGCUACAGCACAUAACGUCAAAGAGCAACGGGGCUGCCAGCUCACAGGCGACUGCAGAGUCGCAGCAGAGAAGCCGCAGCAGCACAGUUGUCAAGCUCGCCGUCUGGGCAAUAUCGGCGGGAAUCGGAGCAGCCGCGCUGGCUGUGCUGAACACGGCGGGAGAGUACUGGUGACAUGCAUACUUUUUCAAGUAAUACAUGUACAAAUGUACAUGUAUCUGGUAGGCAUGUGUCUGUUGCACGCCAGAGUUGGCUGUGCACAGAGUAUGGUCCGUGAAACAGCAGGAACCAUGUUGUUGCCUGUGCAUCAUUUGCCCUGAUCAUGUUGCUGUGAUGAGUCCGUCACCAGUCCUUGCUGGAAAUCCAUUAUGAAUGCAUGGCAAGUGAUCCACCCCAGGCAUUAGCCGAGUCAAAAGCCUUGCCCAGCGUUUAUCCAGGCACUGGUGACCGGGCUUGUUGCGACUCAUGAGAAGGACUUAUGACUACAUUUGUGAUGUGUGCAAGCAAAAUUAUUUUGCAUAAAGCUAUGGCUCAAUCAGUCAUUUGGUGACUACUGCUUUAGCCGUUGCCAUUGGCCUGCUAAGGAGAACAGAUAGCCAUACUAUAUAGAAAUAUGUCUGAAUGAUACAAAAAAUUAUGCUCCAUGCAGGAAACUGUGUCACAUAUUUUUGUACCCAAAUGGCCCCUAGGGGAAGCUCCUUAGGUCUGCCUUUUUCAAUCUUUCAAAAUCAUUCAAAAUGUGACAGAUUUUCACAUGUAAUGAAUCCAGGGUGAAUUUGUUGAAUUGUGUACGUGUAUACAGCUGUAUGUUGUGCAUAGCCGCAGUGCUGUCUGUAACAUGAAUGUCGUUGGUUUUUAUUGUUCAAGGGAAACUUUGUAGAGUCUUUGGUUUCACAUUGCACAUGAUGGAAAUUAUACAAAGUUUGACAUAAAAAUAUGCAUAAUAUUUAAACAAGUGAAAGUGAUUCGGUAAACUUUCAACAACAUUUUGGCUUUUCAGAGAAAAUUGAUACGGGAAUUAAAACUGUGAGGGUCCAUCGUUCCAUACAUGUAGACUAAGUUGUCAAAAAAAAUCCAGAAGCUUUGGUCUUAGGGUAAACAAGAUGUACCUGUGUGCUUUCAUGUUUGUGUGUGUGUUCAUAUCAUGUAAAAAUAUUGUCAUGAAUGAUCCACAGAAUCUGACAUGAGAGAGUUAUCAUGUCAAUUUCAAAAUUGAAAAUUACAGACGUGUAUACAGUGUAUGGUACAUGUACAUAUAUACCCACCAGCGUUGCACCCAGCCCCCGUACCAAAGUGUGGUCAAUAGCAUAUACAGUUGGUAAAUUGAAAGGUAAUAGGAAAUGAAAUGAUCAUUAUAAUACAAAAUGGCACAUGUAUAUGCUUUCACAAAAUGGCACAUGUAUAUGCUUUCACAAAAUGGUACAUGUGUUGGCAUUGAUCAGCUGUAAACAAGGUCCACCAAAUUACCGGUAACACCGUACAUGUACUACACGAAUGUGCAUUAAAUGAUUCAAAGCCUUCUGGAAAUUUGUCCAAAUGUUACUUUUUAACAAAUUUAAGGAGUACUGUUUAUGUGUCACUGCGAUUAAUUAUGGUAUCCGACUUUGGUGAAGAAAGGAUACAUGUAUUUUAAAGUACAUUGUAUGUAACCUUUUAUUAGCAGAAAUCAAGAAGCAAGUUGUGAAAUGGCUUGUAAUAUGCAAUGAAUAUCGUGAAAUCACUUUUCAUUGUGUGUGUAAAAACGUGCUGGCUAUCUUUUGUAAACCAGUUUUGUUCUUCCUGACAGUUGAGGUCAGUAUUUGUUUCUGACCAUCACCGGUCACCUUAAGUCUUUGAAGGAAUCUGACAUAAGAUACCAUUCAUUUUAUCAGCUACCAUGACUGAAUACCAGCAAGAAUGAUUUCACAAGGUGUUUGGUGAUAAUUAGGCCAGUGGGUCUUUCUGUAAAUUCAGGGACCAAAAGUGUGACUUUUUUUGUCCCUGUUACACCUGUUCUGUGCAAUUUGACACGGAUAUCACCAAAAUUGAUUCCAAACUAUUUCGAUUUGUUUAGCAGGUAAUUUGCAUUAAUUCAUCACUCUUGAAAAUUAGAGAAUGUGUUCUGAACUUACAAAAUCAUAUGGUACAUGUGACAGGGACACACACAAAAUGGAGCCUUAAUUUGUAGAACGAUCCCAGUAUGUUUUGGGAGUAGACAAUGACUGUGAAAAGAUACUUGUCUUUGUGGUUUUGUGUCACAUGCUAGAUACUUCUAAAGGCAGAUCUUAUGUUAUUUAGCAUCUAAUUUCAUGAUCAAAUGAAACGUGUGAGUUGUGUUGUCUGCACUUCUUCACUCUGUGUGUCAUGAGCCAAGAAACCAAAAUGAAUAGUAACAUGACUGAAUUAACAGGUUGAUACAAAUAGGCACAAGUAUUUUUUUAAUUUUGUUUUCAAAGAAAGUACUGUAACAGAACAAUUUACAGUGUUUGAACUGUUAAUAUUCAUGUGCUGAAGAGCAAAUAGUUAAGGGCAUUCUGGUGCGCACACUUUGUUGCAGAAAGGUAUUUGUGCUCCUUACAAAGAGAUAUUGAAGUUGUCCAUUUUUCUUUCAAUCUUCAAAGCAUAUGUGCAUGCAGCAAUACUGAUACUUAACUUGCUUGUUCUGUGUUGUUUUUUUAAUACACACGUAUUCAGGCAUCUUAAAAUUACAGCACCUUGGUUUUUUUGUCUUGAUGAUUAUGAUGGCUGAUUUGUUGCUAGUGAGGAUUAGCUGAUAACUGCAGGUAAGAAUGGGCACACUAUGCUAUGCUUUGAAAUAGCAGGGGUGAAGAUAGUUAAAAGGCAAAUUGAAAAAGGCUCAGCUUUUCUAAUCAUAAAACAUUCCACAUAUGUUUUGCGGGGGUUUCAGCCAUGUUAUCUCAAUUGUGUUUGUGUCUGGGAACAUGAUUACUUGUUAUACAUGUUUUAAUUCCAAUAUAGUGCAGAGAUUUAAAAAGUAAAGUUCGUCCUGAUUUAAACAAAAAAAAAAUUCACUGUUUGAAAAGUGUGGCACACAUGAAACAUGGCUUAUCUAAUGAGGUUUUGUAAAGGUGAUUGUUAAUUUGGGUCUUUCCCCUUUUAUAUACAUGUCCAUGUAGAUGAUACAUUUAUAUUUCCAAAUUUUAGACGGGACUUGCACCUCCACUCCUUUACAUGAGGGAGUGGGGAUCAUGAAAUUGAUUUGGGGUUUUAAUUCUCUGGUAAUUUUCUGAUUUGCAAGUUCAGUGGUGGUGUUUUCGCAAGUAGGGAUACUGCAGCACUUGAAAUAUGCUUGCCAUUAUUGAUUAGUUAAAAAUAAAUCAAUUCAUGAAACAAAUUUAGAAUUUUUCUGUAUAAAUGAGUAACUUUAUUAUGUUUUUAAAAUGUGCAAUGACUUGUCACUUAUUUCCAACGGCAUAUGUUGGAGAGGUUGUUUCCCUUUAUAAGUGUGCAUAUUCACUUGUAAUUGAUCUUGCUUGUAUAAAUCAAGUUUAUAAUGGGUAAAAAUUUAGACAGUUUGGAGAGAUUGUAUCUUUGAAGAAAUUCUUGGACUACAGAAUAUUGUGUAUUGCCAAAUGUGAUGGAAUUUACCGUAGCAAAAGUGGUUGUUUUGACCAAACUGUAUUUUCUGCAGGCAGGAGACCCCAAAAUAAGCUAAUGUGCUUGUACUUAUCAAACAUAGUGCUGUUAUUUUUUGUUAGUCUUUGUAUCCAUUACUUUGGCGUGGACACAACAUAAAAGUAAACUUUUUUCAAAAACUGCAAAAACCUUCACCAACAAAGACCAAGGGAACAUACGAGUUAUUUUUCACAAAUCUUUUAAUUAAACCACAGUGUGGGCACGUGUUGACAUUUCUGUAAUAUUAUAUGCCAACAAAUAAAAUAAAAUACUCUAUGAAUUUUAUGAAAGUUACAAAUGUACUGCUCUGAGGUUAAAAGGAAUGUGUGAACAUUCUUAUGCAAAUCAACAUUUAAAGGAUGCUGACAGGUUUAUUUCAACCUGUUUAUAAGCCAAUAAAACCAUCUGCAUUUCUUGUUCUUACUGCCUGUGUCGCAGGAAAAAAAACUGCUGAAAUUUCAGUGGAUACCACAGACCAUGUCACCCUCAUUGUAAGAAAAGUCAGACAAAUGAAUUUUCUCUGUGUUAAAGCGUCUGUUGGUUAAGGAUUGCAGCAAUAUCACAAUGUCAUUUCCAACACGACAUGGGUAUUAUAGCCCACUAAGAUGUGAGUAACCUUGAGAGACCAGUUGAUAUACGUAAGAUAGCCAUGUAAGAUGUUGAACUUAGUUGUGUAUCAUGUUGCUACUUCAUUAUACUCAGGAGAACUGCAUAAUUUCCCUGAUAAAUUACAGGCUUUCUCCCUUCAGUGAUGGCACAUCAAUAUUAAAAUCAACACUUUUUAAGUAGCUGUCCUACUCAAUUUCACAAUUCAGUAUGAAUUUUGAAAACGAUCAGAUAGUUCAAUGUGCUUUGGCACAUGUACACACUGGAUACUAGACAUGUUUCAUUCACUCAAAUUUCAAUGAAUAGCCAUUUAGACUUGAACAAACAAUUUGCUCUCUGGUACAUGUACGUGUACGAGUAGCUUAGUUCAUGUAGAACUUGUCUUUCCUUGUUAAAUAAUACUUCAAGGAAAGAAGAAAAUGGUCGUUCAGUCGUUUUUUAAUGUGUCUUUUGUAAUGUAGAACGCUUACCCUCAACAGACCUUAACCACUUGCUGCCGGGUGGAUUUUUCUUGAGCAAGACACGAUGCCAGCUCAUUUCCAAGAUUUUCUGUU